CCACAGGACGCGGCUGCGGGGCCUCCAGGCCUCUGGCUACCUAGCUCCAGGGUUCUUCAUCAUCCCUGCUCGCUUCCGGCACCAUGUCCUUGCGCACACUACCGCUACUCUUCCUGAACUUGGGCGGGGAGAUGCUUUACAUCCUGGACCAGCGGCUGCGAGCCCAGAACAUCCCAGCAGACAAGGCCCGCAAAGAUGAAUGGACAGAGGUGGACAGAAAACGAGUUCUGAACGACAUCAUCUCAACCAUGUUCAAUCGAAAGUUUAUGGAGGAAUUGUUCAAACCCCAAGAGCUCUACUCCAAGAAGGCCCUGAGGACUGUCUAUGACCGCCUGGCCCACGCCUCCAUUAUGAGACUGAACCAAGCCAGCAUGGACAAGCUCUACGACCUGAUGACAAUGGCUUUCAAGUAUCAAGUAUUGCUGUGUCCCCGACCCAAGGAUGUGUUGCUGGUCACUUUCAAUCACUUAGAUGCCAUCAAGGGAUUCAUCCAAGAUGCCCCGACCAUCCUUCAUCAAGUGGAUGAGACUUUCCGGCAGCUGACUGAAAUCUAUGGGAGUCUUUCUGCAGGGGAGUUCCAGCUGAUCCGGCAGACACUUCUCAUCUUCUUCCAGGACCUGCACAUCCGGGUGUCCAUAUUUCUGAAGGACAAAGUUCAGAACUCCAACGGUCGCUUUGUGUUGCCAGUGUCUGGGCCCGUUCCCUGGGGAACUGAAGUUCCCGGACUCAUCAGAAUGUUCAACCACAAAGGCGAUGAAGUGAAGAAGGUAGAGUUCAAGCACGGUGGAAACUAUGUCACUGCACCCAAAGAAGGUUCUUUUGAACUUUACGGAGACCGAGUUCUGCAACUGGGAACUAAUAUGUACAGUGUGAAUCGGCCUGUAGAAACCCAUAUGUCUGGAGCAUCAAAGAACUUAGUUUCACGAGCACAGGAAAGCAUUGCUCCAAACCCUCUUGCUAAAGAAGAGCUGAAUUUCUUGGCCAGGCUGAUUGGAGGGAUGGAAAUUAAGAAACCCAGAGGUCCAGAGCCAAGAUUCCGAUUGAAUCUCUUUACCACUGAUGAAGAGGAGGAAGAAGCCGCACUAACCAGGCCGGAAGAGUUGUCCUAUGAAGUUAUCAACAUACAGGCAACCCAGGACCAGCAGAGGAACAAAGAGUUGGCUCGGAUCAUGGGGGAGUUUGAGAUCACAGACCAACCGAAGCGGAGCACCAGCAAAGGGGAUGAUUUACUUGCCAUGAUGGAUGAUUUGUAGCUGCCCUGAUCAGGCACAGCUCCCUCCCUGAGCGAGAGGCUGCUCGACAAGCACCCCCAGGGGGUGCCCCGGGCUCUAAGAGGAUGCUGCUGGCUUGGGACUGAUUGAAGCCGUUCCUCAGUUCCUGUUUAUGUUGUGAGAACUGUGCACGGCCCCUCAGGGGCACACACUCGGAGGAGGCACACACUCGGAGGCACAACAUACAAGUAUUUUCAUCAAAAUAUAGUCUGCCUUUUAA